GCAUUAAUACGCUUGCUCCCCUUUAGCCUCCCACUUUCGCUUCUCUCUUUUCCCCUGUCUCGUCCCUGCUUCCCGACUCCUCCCUCCUCAUUUCUCAAGCUCUGUAACUCACCCGCAGAAGCAAAACAGACAAACGAAGAACGCCGUACAAAAAUCUUCUAUCCAGCUUUUAAACAAUGUCAAGCCCAGGCUCUUGAUUCCCAGCCAUGACCAAACCAAACGCAGCGCCAUCAUUGCUGUUGGGAGUUGUGACCGGACUUUCGUACUCUUUCACCAUCCACCUACACAAUGUCUUGCUCGCCGGCCGCCGGUGACUUGCUGUGCGGUGAGGUUGCCGAUGAAGUUGUCUACGGUGAAAACCAAAGGACGUCGCCGCCGUACUUGCAGCCGUAUUCACCUCCUUCAGACGACGCAACCAUCGGCGGACUCAUCGACGUCGAGGCACAGCACAUGCCCGACCCAGAUUACCUGCGGCGGUGCCGUUUUCGUUUAAUCGACGUAACCGCUCGCCAAGACUCCAUCAACUGGAUCUUGAAGGUUCGCGCACACUACGAGUUUCGUCCGGUAACGGCGUUCCUCUCAGUCAACUACCUCGAUCGUUUUCUGUCUUGCUCUCCACUUCCGCGACAAAGUCAGUGGGAGUAUCAUCUGCUAUCAGUGGCAUGCUUGUCUUUAGCGGCGAAAAUGGAGGAACCUGAAGUGCCUCUGUUACUGGACCUUCAAUUAGUGGAUCCCAGAUUUGUAUUCGAACCCAAAACGAUUCAAAGAAUGGAGCUGUGUGUCAUGACCAAGCUAAGCUGGAGAUUACGCUCCAUAACACCCUUCGAUUAUCUCCAUUACUUCAUCUCUAAGCUCUCUUGCGACCCGCAACCCGAUUCCAUAGCCCGGCUCUUCUCCGCUGCUUCCAAUCUCAUCCUCAGCACCGCCCUCGUUAUUGAUUUCUUGGGUUUUGCGCCGUCGGCCAUAGCGGCCGCUGCGGUUCUCUGUUCAGCUGGCCAGGGCCAAUCGCCGCCGUUCUUCCAUGAUGGAGUAAACAAAGAAAUGGUGAGAAGCUGUCACCAACUAAUGGAGGAUUACGUGGUGGACACGUGUCCCUAUGCUGGCUAUAAAUGCCCCGGAGCCGAGCCGGAGCGGCCUUCGAGUCCAGUAGGAGUGCUCGACGCUGUUAGUUCAUGCGGCAGCUGCGAAACUCGCUCGGAGAACCCAGCGUCAACCAGCGAAGCCGAGCCGCUCAACAGGCGGGCGCGAUCCCCUGAUCCUGCCGGGGAAUAGACCUCCUCUGCAGUAUCCUCAUUAUUCAUCAUCACCAUAUGAAUUCGCCUCUGUUUUUUAGUUGUCCUUUCCUUUUAAUAUCUUUUGUCAGCAAGAGAAAGAGGUUACUUAUAGUUUUUAUUUCUGUCAAUGUCCUCUUUCUGUUAGAAUCAACGGUGAUGGUUUUGAGGGGCCUCGAUUCGGAUGGAGUUAAGGUAAUCUUGAUUAUUUGUGACAUUUAGUUAAUACAUUAAUUAAUUAUUAUCUUUUUUCUUGGUGA